AAAAGACCCCCAAUGUGAUUUUAAUCUUUUUCUUCUACUGCACCUCCCCCCACUAACCCAAUAAUAUUAUAUUGUAUUUUUGUUUUUCUGGCUUUCAUUUCAGUAAUUUUCCCCCAAAUCCGCUCUUCCUUCCAGUUCCGCCCUCCAUAAUCCAAUAGCAAUAAUGUUAGGCCAGGACAACGCGUCGGCGUCGGCGUCGUCGUCUGAUCCACAAGCACAAGCACAAGCACAAGCAGCGGUUCCGCUGAGCCGUUACGAGUCGCAGAAGCGGCGAGAUUGGAACACGUUCGGGCAGUAUCUGAAGAACCAAGCGCCAGCGGUUUCGUUGUCGGAGUGCAACUGUGGGCACGUACUUGAAUUUCUGAGGUACCUGGACCAGUUCGGGAAGACCAGGGUUCACUCACAUGGGUGUGUCUUUUUCGGACACCCCGACCCUCCGGCCCCUUGUCCUUGCCCCCUCAAGCAGGCCUGGGGCAGCCUCGACGCCCUCAUCGGCCGCCUACGCGCCGCCUACGAGGAGCACGGCGGCUCCUCUCACGCCAACCCUUUCGGCAACGGAGCCAUCCGCACCUACCUCCGAGAGGUCAAAGAGUGUCAAGCCAAAGCCAGGGGAAUCCCUUACCAGAAGAAAAAGAAGAAGAAGAAAAUCAUCAUCACAUCAAAAUCAAAUAAUAACCCCAACGAUGACACCUCUCCUUUGACCCAGAUGGCUUAAUUACUACUACAACUCAUUUUCCAUGGAAUUGAAAGGGAAAUUUGGAGAAUAUUUGCACGAUUCAAAAUGUGCGAAUAUACGGUGCUCGGAGUUGGUGCAAAGAAUUUAAAUGGUAUAAUUCUGGAUUUGAAUAAUCAUAAUCUAGGAUAUAUUGAGGCAGCAUAAUUAUAAUUAGGGGGUAUGAAAUAGGCCCUUAUUAUUAAUUAAUUCUACAUAUUUUGUAGCAAUGUCACAGGCACCUUCUUUCCGUUAGGCUAAAACAUCAAUUACUAUUAUUUACUAUUGUCUUUUACUGUCUUUUAAUAUUCAAAACCAGAAGGAGAUCAGAGCAUCCAAAUUUUAUCUUUUAA